AUGAAUUAGUCUGUAGGUGAAAAUUAACAAUCUUUGCCAUCAAUCAAUUAUGGGAAUGUGAAGUACUCCUUCAAAUGUUUACGCCGACAUCUUUUUAAGGAUAAAGUGUAUCAUGUUCAUGCACUUCAUAAUAUGAUUACAUUAGGAGAGCAUUUCAACGACCCCAACCCCAAAUACAAGUUGGAGUUGAAUCUCAAGAAUACAGUUUAUUGGAAAUAGGAGAAUGGGUAGAACAAAGCCUUCGGUAUUAAAUAUAAAAAGAAUGUGAAGUAUUUUGAAGCUUCUUCUGAACAAUUAACCAAAUUUCGUUAGGCAAUCAGUUGUUUAAUUGGGUUCCAUUCACUUGAUGAACAUUAUAAAUUAGAAAAAGUGAUUGGACAGGGUUCAUUUUCUAAAGUCCAUAAAGUUCAUAGGUUGCAUGAUGACAAGGCAUUUGCAAUGAAGCAAGUAUCCAGUAAGUAAAAGAAUGAUAAGGAGAAUAUGUAAUUAUUAGAAAACGAAAUCGGAAUUUUACAUUCAUUGAAUAACGAAUCCAUCCUCAAAAUAUUUGAAGUUUUUAGAAUCGAAGAACAUCAGUAUGGAAUCAUUGUAGAAUUUGUUGAUGGAAUAUGUUUGGCUACUCUUAUUGAACAACUCAAAAAACAUCAAAAUAAGCUCAAAGAAUACGACAUCAAAAUUAUGUUGUAGGCAAUCCUUAAAGCUAUGGUUAUCAUUCAUUAAGAAUAAGUGAUUCAUAGAGAUAUUAAACCAUAGAACAUUAUGAUCUCUCUAUCAUCCUUUAGGAAUGUCAAAAUUAUUGAUUUUGGAUUAAGCAUCAAAAAUUAAUUGUAAUAUAACAGAUGUGGAACUCCUGGCUAUAUGGCUCCAGAAAUCGUUAAUAUGAAAAAAGACUAACAAAAAGCUUGGACAUCUCUCUGCGAUAUCUUUAGUCUAGGUGUUGUCUUUUUCAAAUUAUUGUCCAAAGGCAUCAGUUGUUUUUAAGGAUAAACCUCUGAUCAAGUCUUAGCAAACAACAAAAAAUGCUAAAUAGACUGGUCUAUUGUUCAAUAAUAUAAUUAUUCCAAAAAUUGCAUCUCUUUAUUGAAGGCAAUGUUAGCCAAGGAUCCUGAUGAGAGAAUUACUGCUUACCAAGCACUCUAGCAUCCCUUCUUCGCUGAUUUGCCCCCAGUGUUAGCAACUGACUUCGCAGGAAACUCUAUGACAUUUAAAUCAAAAUGCAUUAUCAAUCAAACUAUUGACAAACCAAAUCUCGACUCCAUAAAUACCUUAAACGAUCUCUCUGGACUUUAAAAAUAGUAAAUUUAUGUCAGGGAUUUAAAACCAUCCAGAAUUAGCAGAAGAGUGUGA